AUGCUGUCCGGUGCAGUUCGAUCGCCGCUGAGAUCUUCCUUCUUGCCCUCCGAGCUUCGCCUUUCCCCCACUUACACCGUCCAAUCUCGCCUCUUCCACCUCUCCAGCCGUCUAUCUCAAGAAGAUAAGCCAAAGACCGAGAAGCCAGCCUCGGGUGCUGCUGCGACCGACGCCAAGGAGAAGAAGCCCGCCGAGGCCGAGUCAGAGAACAAGUCCGAGACCAAGCCUGAGGAGGAGCAGUCCAAGAAGACCGAGGAGGGUGAGAAGGGUGAGAAUGGCGAGGAUGCCAGCAAGGAAGGAAAGGAAGGCAAGGAGGAGGGUAAGGAAAAGAAGGAGGAUAUCCCUCCUCCCCCUCCUCACGGUGACAAGACUCCCUGGCAGGUAUUCAUGGAGACCAUGAACACCGAGUUCCAGAAGUCGCAAGAGUGGAAUGAGUCAACCAAGCAGAUCGGCGCUGCCGCCAACCAGUUCGCCGAGAGCGAGGGUGUGCGACGUGCUCGCGAGGCCUACGAGAAGUCCACCGGCGCCGUUUCUUCAACUGUUACCAAGGGUGCCAAGGUGACCGCCAGCGCCAUUGGCAAGGGUGCUACUUGGACCUGGGAUACCUCAGUUAUGAAGGGUGUGCGUAAGGCCGCCAACGUGACUGGUGACGCCAUGGACAAGGCUACUCAGCCUAUCCGAAACACUGAGGCUUAUAAGGAUGUUAAGAAUGUCAUCGAUGAUGGCAGCUCUUCACGAUAUGGUGGAUGGAUUGAGAAGGAGGAGCGCCGGAAACGCCGAGAGGCCAUGGAUAAGAAGAGAGGAUUCAAGGCUGGCGAGGUCAUGGAGGAGGAUCCCAAUGCCGGAACCAGCGUCACUGUCCACAAGGAUGCGGCGUGGAAGGAGGCUUGGAGAGAUUUCCGUGAUCAGAACCAGUUUGUGCAGGGUCUCUUCAGCAUGAAGGGCAAGUACGAGGAGUCUGAGAACCCGCUUGUGUCGACAGCCCGAAGUAUUACGGACCGUAUCGCCGGCUUCUUUGCCGAGAACGAGACGGCCAUGGUUAUCAAGAAGUUCCGAGCCAUGGACCCCAGCUUCCAGGUGGAGCCCUUCCUCCAGGAGCUCCGAGAAUACAUUCUCCCCGAGGUGCUGGAUGCCUACGUCAAGGGCGAGACCGAGACACUGAAGCUCUGGCUUUCGGCCGCUCAGUACUCUGUGUACGAGGCCUUGACCAAGCAAUACCUCCAGGCGGGCAUGAAGUCUGACGGAAAGAUUCUCGAUAUCCGAAACGUCGACAUUCUGCGAGCGCGCAUGCUCGACCCUGGUGAGGUUCCCGUUUUUAUCAUUACCUGCCGUACCCAGGAGGUCCACGUCUACCGCAACGCCAAGACCAACGAGCUUGCGGCCGGCAUGGAGGACAAGGUGCAGCUGGUGACUUAUGCCAUUGGCAUCACGCGAGUGCCCGAGGACGUCAACAACCCCGAGACACGGGGAUGGCGUCUGAUUGAGAUGCAGAAGAGCGGACGAGACUGGUACUAA